AUGUUGAAAACGUUAACUGUCGUCUUCUUGGUUUGGUUUUUUGUUACAGCACUACAGAUAUCAAGAACUGAAGAUCAUAUAGAUCAUUUUCCAGCAGUUUUAAAAAGCUCCGGCUUAACUUCCGACCUAUACGCACAACUUUUUUGGAUUUCAGAAGUGUGGAGGAAGAAUGCACCUUAUGAAAUCGGCUACCCACUGUUUUACAGCACUCUUGUCAUUCUCACCGUCAUCCGAUGUCUGUGUUUGCUGAUACCGUCCAGAGAAACACUCCUUGUGCAGUACGAAAACGAACAAAAGCGAGUACAAACGGAGGUUGAAUCUGAAAUCGUCGAAGACGACAAAGAGUACAUGGUCGCAGCCACAGAGCCCGUUGAUGUCACUUCCGCCGUGUCCCCACUACUUUCCGACAGUAAUGUCUGCAUUGCAGAAGAAUUGAUCGAGUCAGUUGAACCACACCAAACUGAAAAUUGCACCCCAUGCGUUCUCAUGGAAACGUCUCUUACAGAUGAACGUCGGCAAGAAGUCACAGUUCCUGAACAGCUCCCGGAUAUGGCCCCAGUUAAUGUCACUGACAGCUUUACGUACCAUAUAAAACUGGGAGGGGCACUGGGAUCAAAGAUCUAUCCCGAGACCUCUUUAGGAAAAGCUUGUGUUGUGGUUGCUGCCGGAGCUCUCAUUUCUUACGGAAUUUACCGACUUGUCUCGUAAGUUCGACUUGUGGAGUUUCAAUUUUCCUUUGGUAAAAUUUUCCCCACUUCUGAUGAUUACCAUUUCUUUGAAUUUGCAGCAUUUGUAAUUUUGGAUUUCGAAGUA